AUGGAAAUGGAGAAACAAGAUGCGAUAAGCAAAACUCCCGAAGAAAACAAAGAACUUAAUACCAAGGAAGACGUAACUUCAAGAGGAGAUACUUUGAAGCCGUGUGAGCCUCUAGAGAGAGCAAAGGAACCUGAUCAACUUGCAAUCCGUAGUUUAUCAGCAACGAAACAUGGCAAUGUUACAAGUGAAAAUGCCUCCCACGAUGAGAUUCAGGGGAGUUGCCAGCAGCUCAUCGAUGAUAUCAAUGCCAAAAGAAAGCGAGACACCGAUCUAUUGAACGAUUUCAAGAAAGCUCUCGAGGAACAAAUCAACGCUUCUUGUGGUGUUCUGGAAGAAAAUAUCGUUCAAACUUACGAAAGGCACAGCAAAACUAUUCAGGACAAACUUCAGGAAUUGUUUGCGGUUCUUGAAAGAAUAAGUAAACUUGAAAAUGAACUGAUGGACUUCAAACAUUCCCUUGGUCUCCUCUAUAACGACAUGCAAGUUGUGUAGGCGUGGAUAUCUAAAG